AUGGCUAAUUCAGAAGAACAAUUAAACGUGCUGGAAAAUGGCUUCGCAAUUAGUCACGUCGCAGUGCGUAUUCCGCCAUUUAUCCCGAACGAUCCAGAACUAUGGUUUUCGAUGGUCGAAGAGAACUUUACAACAGCCGGUGUGACAAAGGAUGCGACCAAAUUUGGGUACAUUACCGGAGUGUUAGAACCGCGGUAUGCGUUAGAAGUGCGCGAUAUAAUAGUGAACAAACCCACGACCAACGCGUACGGUGUGUUAAAAUCUGAACUCAUAAAACGCCUCAGCACGUCCCAAGAGCAAAAGACGCGGCGCCUGCUAGAAUUGGAAGAAAUGGGCGGCAGGAAGCCUUCCCAAUUUCUGCGCCACUUGCAAACUCUCGCUGGUCCGACCGUUCCCGACACCAUGCUGCGGACAUUGUGGUUUGCCCGUCUUCCGCCCAAUAUGCAAGCUAUCCUAGCGGCACAUCGAGACUUGUCUCUUGUCAAAAUAGCCGAAUUAGCGGACUCCAUUGCUGAUCUAACCGACCAUCGCCCACGCAUCGCGGAAGCAACCCCUUCGGCUGGUGAUGUCCUAGCCGCUCAACUGCAACAAUUAACGGUCACACUCCAACAACAAAUUUCAUCCCUGCGUCAAGAAGUGUCAGAAUUAAAAAUGGCAGAAGAGAAAAGGAAGACUGGGAAGAAAGUCAGGAUAGGAUAUAAAAAACUGUAUGUAGAAGACGAGAUCUGGGAUGAAAAAAGCAACACAAUACAAAAAGAAGAGGAUCGCUACAGAAUGAGGAACCAAACAUACCACAACUCACAGGAAGCGAGAAAAGCAGAAGAACAGGAACGUGAAGAGAAUGAGAUGCGCUUGACCACAAGAACACAAUCACAACGGCAAACCGUGCAAGAGAGUCCCAUGCUAAUGGACUUUCUUCGACACCAACGCAACUAA